AUGGGUCUUGACAAGUUCUACAAGACUCAGCGGAAGAAGCCAGAUGAUGCGAAGUGCAUCGAGUGUGUAACGAGGCGCGUCAACACGGAGCCUCACGAGGUUGGUCGCGACGACGACGAGGAUGGAUACGAUGUUGCUGCUCCAGGUGAAUCUGGCAGCGACUCAGAUGAUCUUGAGGACUACCACAUCAACAACGCGACUGCCAGCAUUUCAGGUCUGUCAACAACGCGACUGGCAGCAUCUCAAGUCUGUCAAUCAGCAACAGUACCUACCCUUCUCAGACGGGGGCUAGCAGUACCGGUGGUGUGGACGUGA